GUGUUUACAGCCAAAGCCAAAGGACGCGCAUGCCGCCUUCAGGCAUCAACAAGUCCCAUUUCCAACUCCAACAAUGUCACUCUAUGAUUCCGACGACCUACAUCUACCUACAUUAAAUCGUCCCCUACUCCCUCACUGUGUGCAAUGUCUUCGGCGUCCCCGAAACCCACUGCCGGGGCUGCAUUGAGCAUUCCGGAACUUGGCAAGCAAGCUGGUAACUUUGAGUACAAUGAUCAGGUUCCCCUCCGCUAUUGGCUUCGCAGCGCCGACACAAUCCAGAAGGAGGCAAGCGAUACUGUGCGCAACGUUUUUGGCACUGUCAUUGACAAGCCAGCAGGCUCAGAUCUACGAGGGGGAAGGCAACGAUGCCCAGACCUAUCUCCUUCUCAUGCGGCAUGCUAUCCUAGUGCUGGAGAAGCUGGAUAAACAUCCUCAGGUCAAAGAUCCGAAAACGGCGAGAUUACUCGUUCAGGCACGCAAAGUCGUCGAGCAGAAUUUCUCUCGGUUAGAUCAACUCAAGCCCCGUAUCGAGAAGAGGCACUUGCGCUACGUCGAAUAUCAGAAGGCACGAAGUGCGCAGACUCAAGCUCCACAUGAUAGUGGAGUGGAGAAGCAUGAUCUACACUAUGGCGAGCAUGCGGCUAAAUUCACAGAUGCGUCCAUGUAUGGCUCGACACGGGCUAUAGAAGCUACAAAAAAUCAUCAACUCGCCGCUAGACUUGCACAGCGUGAAAUACGAAGAAGAGACGGUGCUCGUCGCGGUGUUCGCCAAGCGGGAGUAUCUGAGGAAGAGGAGCAGGAACGUCGUGUGGGCGGAAUAUGGGGUGAUUGGGAGGAAGAGCUUGCCGGUGGCCCAAGACCACCCGAAAAAGACGAUCUCUCUUCGCGGAUACAAGAGACUGGGAGAAAUUUGUCACGAGGUAUCACUCCACGCACUGGGAGUCCACAAUAUCAACGUGACACCAGCUACCAUUAUCCAUCAGUGCCGCAUCGAAGCGCUAGCAGUCAGUUCUCACAAGCUCCUGUGCCUCCAAACAAGAUUCGACAGUCGCCUGCCACAACGCAAAGAGUCGAGCAGAGACCGCCACAAUUACCCCCGAGGCCCAUACAACAGUUAUUCUUCGACUCAUCAUCACGCCCGCCGCCGGUUCCUCAGAAGAUCAUCGAGAGUCCGAAUUUACCUUCCAGAGCCAAAACGCCAACAUUCGAGACGAAUGAAGUCAAUUCGUGCGACUACACUUUCAAACCCACCGCAUAUCUCGAGAACGGGUCUCCUUUGCGGCCGCUGUUCCUCCCUGAAGGUCUGCGUGAAAGAUUUCUGUCUGUUGCAUCACGUAACACACAGGCAAAUCUCGAAACUUGUGGCGUUCUUUGCGGGACACUCAUCUCAAACGCCCUAUUCAUAUCCAAGCUCGUGAUACCAGAACAGAAAAGUACCUCUGAUACGUGCGAGACGCUGAAUGAAGAAGCCUUGUUCGAUUAUUGCGACGAGGAAGGUCUGAUGGUGCUUGGCUGGAUACACACGCACCCUUCGCAAACCUGCUUCAUGAGUAGUCGGGACUUGCAUACUCAUAGUGGCUAUCAAGUCAUGCUAGCAGAAAGUGUUGCUAUUGUAUGCGCACCAAGCAAAGAUCCAUCUUGGGGUGUCUUUCGAUUGACAGAUCCUCCCGGACUCAAAGCAAUACUAAACUGUUCGCAGACAGGGCUGUUUCAUCCUCAUGAUGUAUCUAAUAUCUAUACGGACGCCAGCAAACCCGGGCACGUGAUAGAAUUACAAGGGCUAGAAUUUCAGCUCAAGGACCUGCGCCCGGCAUUCAGCUGAAGACGUUCCGCUAUGUAGUGGCAUAAUCCUUUUCUGGCAUCAUCGCAUAGCGCUGGCGUUUUCGAUUUACCUACUAUAAUGCACGACUGCGGCGGGUUAGUAUGGCGAUUCUUACGCUCAUGGCUUGGUCUGAAUGGUGGCCUGUUAGAUGACGAUACCCUGGGUCUGUCAAAGAAAUGAUACGUCUGCUCGUCUCGAUACAGCAAAUGGCCCGCGCCAAAAUGAAGCUUUGUACUUUGUAAAGAAUUCUUUCCUCUUGACCAAGGCUCGAU